UAAAGAUAGUUAUACGGUCUUAUUUGCCGAGGGAAUAAAGCAGUCGAAGUCGGGAGUUGUAUUAGUUUAACUUGAAAGCGCAUUGCCGACACAUUGCUGUGAACGGCGGAGGAAAUUGAUGAGGAACCACGAUUUUAAAUUCUGAUUCCUCUGCUCAUUUCCUGGCAAAAUUGUUUCUCAUGAAUGAGGUCAGUCCCACUGCAUUUGCUCACUGAAACUGCUUUUCCCACUUUGUCGAGAGUUGCAGCAACCCAUUGCCAAGCCAUCAAAUUGUCACUUAUUACCGAUACGUACACCUCCAAUAACCUCGUAAACGGCUACGUAAAAUGCAAAGAAUUAAACACUGCCCUGAAGGUGUUCGACGACAUGCCUCAGAGAGACACUGCUUCUUGGAACACCGUUAUCACCGGAUACGUGAAUCAGGGAGACUUUUUAAGUGCCUGGGACGUCUUGAAAUCUAUGAAAAGACUUGGGUUUUUGUUGGACGGCUAUACUUUUGGAAGCAUGCUCAAGGGCGUUGCUAUUGGUGGUGGCCUCAUGUAUGGCCAACAAGUCCAUUCCGAUGUUGUAAAGAUGGGGUUUGAUGAUAAUGUGUAUGCUGCUAGUGCACUUUUGGAUAUGUACGCCAAGUGCAGUAGAGUUGAGGAUGCGAAUAAGGUGUUUAAGUACAUGCUGGAGCGGAAUACGGUUUCUUGGAAUGCCUUGAUUGCGGGAUAUGCAGAGAUGGGGAAUUUACAGCAUUGCAUGGAAUUGUUUUUGUCUAUGGAGAUGGAAGGUGUGAGAGUCGAUGAUGCAACAUUUGCACCUCUUCUGACAUUGCUUUAUGAUGUGGAAUUAUAUGAGUUGACCAGGCAGCUUCACGGAAAGAUUGUGAAACGUGGUCUGGAGCAUGAGAAUACUGUGCUUAAUGCCACAAUCACUGCAUAUGCAGAAUGCGGAAGGAUUCAAGACGCUGAAAGAGUGAUUGACAGUGCUGAUGGGUACCGGGNNUUAGUGUCAUGGAACUCGAUGUUAGCAGCUUACUUGGAGCAUGAUCUAGAGGAGUGUGGAUUUGAUAUUUUCAUAAAGAUGGUGAGACUAAGAUUAGAUCUGGAUGCUUACUCGUAUUCUAGCAUAAUAAGUACUUGCUUUGGAGAGACACAACAGAGCUUUGGAAAACCCUUGCAUACUCUAGUAAUAAAGAGGGGAUUAGAACAGGUAACACAAGUAUCUAAUGCAUUGAUUUCCAUGUAUUUAAGACCUAACAGCCAAAGCAUGGAGGACGCCUUGAAAGUAUUCAAACAUAUAGACAUCAAGGACCUUGUUUCCUGGAAUACAAUUUUGACUGGCUUGUCGCAAAAUGGGCAGAGUGAAAAUGCCUUGAGGCUCUUCCAGCAGAUGCAUAUUGAUUACAUGGUAAUCGACCAAUAUACCUUUGCAGCAGUCUUAAGAUCUUGCUCAGACUUAGCCACACUCCGAUUGGGUCAACAGAUUCACAUCUUGGUAGUAAAAACAGGCUUGGAGGGGAAUGAGUAUGUAGCUAGUGCUUUGAUAUUUAUGUACUCAAAAUGUGGAAUCAUUGAAGAUGCUUGGAAAUCCUUUGAGGCAUCUCAUAAAGACAGUUCAGUGACAUGGAACUCAAUUAUUUUUGCAUAUGCACAGCACGGGCAAGGCAAAGUUGCUCUCGACCUCUUUAACCUAAUGGCAGAGGGACAAGUGAAGCUGGAUCAUGUCACUUUUGUUGCAGCUCUCACUGCAUGCAGCCACAUUGGUUUAGUUGAAGAAGGUCUCAACUUUCUGAAAUCCAUGGAAACUGAAUAUGGAAUUCAACCACGCAUGGAAAAUUAUGCAUGUGCAAUAGACUUGCUUGGUAGAGCUGGACGUCUAAUGGAGGCAAAAGAACUGAUUGAUGAAAUGCCAUUUGAACCUGAUGUAAUGGUGUGGAAGACGUUAUUAGGUGCUUGUAGAGCUUGUGGUGACAUACAAUUGGCUACUUACGUAGCUGGCCACUUGCUUGAGCUGGAUCCCGGAGACCACUGUACUUAUGUUCUUCUCUCUGAUAUGUAUGGCCAUCUUAAGAGGUGGGAUGAGAAAGCUAGUGUGACGAGGAUGAUGAGGAACAAGGGGGUCAAGAAGGUACCGGGUUGGAGUUGGAUUGAGUUGCAAAAUGAUGUUCAUGCUUUUAAUGCAGACGAUCAUUCACAUCCUAAUUGCCGAGAAAUAUACCAGGCCUUGAAAGAACUAACCUACGAAAUAAGAAUUUCUCAAAAUAGGUCUAUGUUAGAUGUUCCCCUCGAUGAUGUGGAUCUUGCCAGUGGGUAUUGGAUUGUUGGUGCUGAUGGUUUUAUUCAAACCAGGUGUGACAUGUAAAGAACAUCAUCCGUCUUCUUCAAUAAUGCACUGGGAAGAAGAAUGUCCUCAGAGAAUUAGUGCGUCUAUUUGAAAGAGUACCUUAGAGACAAUUAUCCCCAUUUUUUUGGCCAUUGAUUGAGGAAUUCAGUUGUUCGGGAGAAAUGCUUCUGUAGAUCAG